GCCCGGAGCCUGGCGCUGGCCUGCGUGCUGGGCGCGCUGUGCCUGGCCUCGCUGGCGCUGGCCCGCCGCUCGCUGCAGCACCUGCUGCUCUGGGCCGAGGGCCUGGACCCGCUGCUGGGCGUCUUGCUCUUCGUCCUGGGCUUCGUCGUGGUCUCGUUCCCUUGCGGCUGGGGCUACAUCGUGCUCAACGUGGCCGCCGGCUACCUGUACGGCUUCGUGCUGGGCAUGGGGCUGAUGGUGGUGGGCGUCCUGCUCGGCACCUGCGUCGCCCACGUGGUCUGCAGGCGGUUGCUGGCCGCCCGGGUGGUCGCCAGGAUCCAGAGCAGCGAGAGGCUGAGCGCCGUCAUCCGCGUCGUGGAGGGAGCAGGCGGCCUCAAAGUGGUGGCGCUGGCCAGGCUGACCCCCAUCCCGUUUGGGCUCCAGAACGCCGUGUUCUCGAUGACGGGUCUCCCCCUACCCAGCUAUCUGAUGGCGUCCUCAGCGGGGCUGCUGCCCACCCAGCUGCUGAACUCUUACUUGGGCACCACGCUGCGGACCAUGGAAGACGUCAUCGCAGAACAGAGUGUCAGCGGGUAUUUCGUUUUCUGUUUACAGAUCAUCGUCAGCGUAGGCCUCAUGUUUUACGUGGUCCAUCGAGCCCAGGUGGAGCUGGACGCAGCUAUCGCAGCGUGUGAGACGGAACUGAAGAGCUCCCCGGGGAAGGGUGGGCAGCCCAACGCGGGCGGCCCCUCGCUCUACACCAAGAGGACCGUGCCGCCUGGAGGCGGAGUCAACAUCGUGUGAUGCUCCUGAACGUGCCGCCUUCGUCCCGCGGCCUCUCCCUCGUGGGCGGAGACGGCUCUGCUCGUCCUACGGCACAAACACAAUGGACUAGUUUUUAAAUUGCACAGUUUUUUAAAGCAGAAUCGUCUUCUGGACACGUGAGUGUGAUGUGGUUGGUGCAGUCUGGCGGCACCUGGCUGUCAUUUGUCACACCCGCGAUGGCCUCUGGGUCUGCACUUUAGCGUUUUCUAACUGUUUUCUUUCUGGGUACUUGUGAACGGAGAAAUUACCUAAAUAUUUUUCUGCUUGUGUCUUUAUUUAUAAAGUCCACGGACAGUUGUAUGCACCUCCUACUUACAAAGAUGCGUGAGAGUCUGCAGUUCUGCGUGUGUAACAGCAUCGGUGUCCUGUGCUUCGCUAGUCUUUCCAGAAGGGUACUCGGCGGGCGGUUGGGCUUUGUGGUCUUAGGUGGACCACUUCGCUUCGCUUGUCCUCACUAGGUACAGCCGGACGUGAACUUCAGGUUGGAUGUGUUCUCGCAGCCAUCGCUGCAGGGCCGUCUGCCCGUUCACAGCUCAGAUCCCACGUGGGACUCAAGUGCUCUUAAGAUGCCUUUUUAUUUACACUGUGUAAUAUGCAAAGCAAGAGGGGAGUUUCCGGGUGGCCGUGGCUCAGACGACAGACAGCUCAUGUUCAUUCCGUCCGUCGGCUUCACUCUGCGUCGUCCUUCGUCCGAGGGCCGUGCCGCUGCAGCCCCACCGAAGCAGCUUAUUAAAAUGACCUUUUUCUUUUUAUAUUCGUCGUUAGGCUUUGAAAUAAAAAUGUUCUUCCUUUAAAACGGUGGGCUUCCCAUCAGUGAAGACGUCACUCGGGUGGCCUUAUUUGAUCAAAACGCCUUUUUAAAAAACCAAGCUUUAAAAUCAUGUCUAUAAUUCCACCGAAGUACACCUACACUUGUCCCCAUAGCCUUCAGCUUUAAAACUAUGAAUAUGAUGUUAACUUAAUGCCCAGUUUGUGUCAUUUGCCCUACGAGAGAGUAGGUUUGUAUUGUUUGUUUUUCAGUACUUGCUUUUCUCUGAUACGACUCAGGAAUUCUGAAAUGUGAAAUGAAGUCUCUCAGUUCUUCCUCUCAUGCCAUGAAUUGAGUGUAUUUAUUGAUAGUACUCGUGAGUAUAGCAUAUAAUAAUUUGGCAUAUGAUUCCUAUGACAUGUAUUCAUUUAUCACCUAUUUUUAAUACAGUUUAAUAGUGAACUUAAAUAUUAGUUUCUGUUUUGUUUCGUUUUACUAUCGAGAUACAGACAUGGAUGCCAGUUCUCUGGUAGGUGUCUCAUUUCUGGCUCUGGAGCUUCCAGUUAUCAGUGGCCUCCCAUUUGCCAUUUCUUCAGGGUAAAGCCUUUGCCCUAACUCACUGAGUGCCACGCAGCUGCCCAGAAGCAGGUCAUUCUGGUCUUCUGCCGGCGCUGCGUUGCAUGCUGUACCGCGUAAGUUCUUUGCCCCGUUGCGGGUGUAGUGUUUCCCUGCGGGUGUAGGUCAUUUCUAAGCCCCUACCGAGAAGACCGGGUACAGUCAGUCUCGGAGGCGCCUGGUCUGCGGCACCUAACUGGCCUCCAAGUCUUUCUUUCUUCUACUGGCAAAAAAUUAAAGUGUAGUAUUGGGAUAUUCUUAGUCUUUUUGAAUCCUAAUUACUCGUUUAGUUCUUCUUUUUUUUUAAAUGAUUUUAAUGUAAUCCAAUGAACAUUCGAUUUAUUCUUUUCUGUCCAAUGACAAAUUUUUCUUGUGCUCCUAGUUUUCCAGUUAGUUUCUGUUACAGGACUCAUGAAUUUAAGAUCACUACAUUCAUACUUGUGUUACGCUUCAUGUAUUUCGAAGUGCAUUUAUUUACUUAACAUUGUGUAACUUGAAUAAUUCACCAAAUGAAUACCUUUUGGUAGUAUGUAAUGAGUUCUUCCAAUUGUUGCAGUUUGCUUGGUACUUAAGUAUGUAAAAGUAAGAGAGACGUAAUUUUCCUGUAUUCUGCCAACCAUCAUUUUAUAAAAUAAAUCAUCCAUUUUUACUUAA